AUGAACACCCGCAGGUCACAAUCUCACCCCAACUUCGCGCAAGACGCGGGCGAUCCCGUCUUACCCCACUUGCUUCGUACUCCCACUCGUGCUUCUGCGGACCCGCUCAGGCCCGACGAACCCGUGCCCGGCAGUACCCACAUUGGACCCACGCCCACGGAUAUUGCUACCGAGGCUGUCCCCGAGCCGGAUCCGAUUGCCGACGUCAACGUCGAGAACGAGUCUCCACCCUCGGCACCUCUCGAAGGAUAUCUCCAAGCCAGGGUGGUAGCACGACGUAGAUGGAAGCUUGCCAGAAACGAGGGAAAGAAUAUCCCGCGCAUCGAAAUCGGGAGCACCUUGAAACUCCAGGACGGCAUUGCAAGACGCGUCACCACCGGGGAGGUCAUGAGGAUCGUAGGGGUCAGCAGAAAGUUCGUCGUGUUCGAGAUUGACAGUCCUAUGGUGGAGUAUGGUCACCCGGACGUCCCUGCCCCAACGGAGCCGGUGUGCCAGUGCAUCGUUCCGAAGGAGUGGGCCACAGUGCCCCGUUGGGCCAAGUCCAUGACCGGUGUUAUGGCAAUGAGACUGUUUCACGGGAUGGGAAGGCCGGCGCAGUGGGAGGGGAAGAUGCUGGACGAGCGAUAUUCGAAGUUUGAGGAGGAUUGGCACCAGGACAAAUCGAAGACUGAGGAUGCAAAAGUGCGCAGAUGCGCGACUUAA